UCCAGUCCAGUUAACACAGAAACGUUUUUUUCUUGACUGCUGUACAAUAGCUUGGAAUUCCUAUACCGGCCCUCCCCAAACGGCAAAGCGCUUCUUUUCUGUCACGUGACAAAUGGGAGACUCAUUCUGAAGAGGGGAGAUGGCCCUGAGGAAGAGGAAACGAUCAUGCCGCAUAGAACAUGCCUGUUUUCCUGAUGAAAUGCCUAGACAGGAAGAGAAGAAAAAUCUUCAUGCACCAGUGGCUGCUGCUUCGAUUUCAGAUACCUGGCAUCAUUGUGGUGAUGGAUUUCAAAUUUCAUCUUCAUUGGAGGCUAAAGAAUCUUUAAGAAAACCAGUUAGAGCUAAAAAGUCUUUUGCAUCAUUGCUUAGCUCAAGUGAAGAAAUCUCUCAAACUGAGAACUUUUGUGAAUUUACUGACAUUGUAUGGAGUGAAUUUUCAGAUGACGAAAAUGACAUUACAGCCUCAGAUUUUCUUUAUAUGAAAAUGAAGAAAUAUAGAAAGUAUGCUUUAAUCGCCAAGGAAGUGUGUAAUGAAGAACCUGAAUUCAUUGAAUGGAAGAAUGAUAGUGAUUAUGAGCAUGAUGAACAAUGUAGUGAAUCAGAAGGUAAUGAAGCUCCUUUGGAUAUAUUGGACACAGAUUCAUGCACAAACAGCACUUCCAAAGCCAAUGGAGAGAAGGAAGAUGAACCCUCAAAGAUUUCAGAAUAUUCAUCAGAUGAUGACAAUUUUGAAGGAAGCAAUGUAGAAACAGAAGCUACUAAUUUAGCAUUUCCUAAAAAGUUCCAGUUCUGUUUUGGAGUAGGGUUUGAAACAGACACAGGAAGAUCAGCCACUGACUGGCUAAAAUCUGCUCAGACCUUUCUACAAACUCCUAAGAAAAAAAUAGAAAAAAGUUUGAAGACUCCAGAAGAUUCUGCAAAAAAAAGAAAAUUGCUGAGGAGGGGGCUAGCAGAGAGAUUGAAUAGACUUCAAAAUAGAAAGAGAUCCGCAGUAAACUUUUGGAGGUAUCAAUAUACCUCUCACCAUGAUAUAGUUUCAGGUGGCAAACCUGAUGUAUUAAUUGUGAAGAUCUUAGAAAUGCAUGAAGAAUGCACUCUUUGCAUAGCUAUCUGUCAUCAGUUGGGACGAAUUUGUGAUGAUGGUUCUAUCAUAAAAGAAAUUGUUGACAUUCAACCAAAACUUAAAGUUCUUUUUGCAAAAGAAACAACAGCUCAUUUGAAGGCAGUACCACAGGACGUCAUAUAUAUUCAUCCUCCUUGGCAAAAACUCUUUCUGCAGAAUGAAAAUAUUCCGGUUAUCCUGAAUACAUAUUUCAGUCAAAAGGUCACUCUUAAAGAAUCAACAGAUAUAUCUACUGAAAUGGACAAGCCCCUUUUGCAAGAGCCAAUGCUUACUAAAAGGAAUGUAUCUUUAGCCUGGAUAUUUAAUUUAUCUGAUAUAAAAGACAAUUGCUCUUUAACAACUGCAGUGAAUCAGAUUUCCUGUUCCAAUAUGAAGACUUCUAAAAAUACAGAGAGUUGUUUCAAUAUUGAAUCUAAGGUAUCGGUUAUUUCCUUGAAUGAUUCUCUUCUUGAUGCUGUGGAAAUGCAAGGGACAACUGAAAGCACUGCAAUCCAAGUCCAAGUAGUUAUUCAGAGAGUCUAUUAUUUGGUUGUUGAAGAUGGUUUCGGAUGUCAUCCUCAUGGAAGUAAUCUUUCCCAGAACAUGGCAACGUUUUUAAAAUCAGAUCUUCAGAAUUUAAGGUUAUGCCUGUUGGCUCAGGACAUCUAUGGAAUAUUUAGUGAAAUACAGCUUCCCGUUCUAUGUUCCUCUUCACAAGUGAUAGAACAAUACAGAAAAAAAUGGGAAGGAAAAUGCUGUUGUGUUUCUAGACUGAAAAUUUUGCGAAGAGUCACCAGGGGAAGAACUCUAGGGCUUUUUAGUCUGAUUGACAGUCUAUCACCUCUUCAAGUUCCAGGCAAGAGACAAGGAAAUAAAGCACACGUUACUGCUAACCAGCUUCCUCAAAGUUUCUGUUACAUUCUUGCUGCUUCUGCUGAUUACAUUGAUGCAGAUGAAAGAGAACAAUUGUCAAAUUUAUAUUUCCCCCCAAUUGUUCAUAGUCUCGAGCAAAUUUACCAGAUGGGUGAUUUACCUCAGCGUUGCAGUUUUUGGGCACAUGUUAUAUAUCAAAGACUGCAGGAAAUGGGCAGCACUUCUCCAGACCAAAGGCAAUUUUGGCUAUUUGUCACUGAUUUCUCAUUGCAAAGAGAGUCUGAGAUCAACUCUGGAACCCCCAAAACACUACCUGUCUCAAUUGCUUCAUCAUGUGUGAUUGAUGAGGAAGUAAUGGAAGCAUUCAAGAACUCAUCCCCUUGUAUUAUUUUCUUCAAGGAUGCUAUGUGUGGAAAUGAUUAACCAAUGGUCGUAGCAGAGCCCUGGAAGGAAGGAACAACAGAACAGCGCAAGCACAUAUCCUUCCUAUUGACCCUGAAUGACCACUGAGCUAACUCAGGCCCCUGGCGCAGGGCGCCCUAAACAAGGGGGGGAAGUGACUCCUCCCACACCUUCUCUGAAACAUACAGUUCAGGUAAGAACAACUGCCAGUUUCCAGAGUGAGGUGUGGGAGGUGUAACAGUUGGGACAUACCAAAGCUAGAUGUCCUAGGGAGGGAUCAUUGGGCCUGAGCCCCUCGAGAGUCUAGGACUCCCUGCAGAACCCUCCUACUGAAGGCUGUCUCCGCGGAGGCGUAAGCAUCUAGGAGGUAAUGUCUAAUGAAUGGUGAAGGAGACGCCCAGGCGGCGGCCCGGCAGAUCUCCUCUAUGGGGGCCUGGGUGGCCCAGGCUGCUGAAGUGGCCGCACUUCUGGUGGAGUGCGCUGUGAUGCCCUCUGGAAUCUGAAGUCCCUGUGCCUCGUAGGCCUGUGAAAUGGCCGCCCUGAUCCACCUGCUGAUGGUGGCCAGGGAAACCUUAGCACCUCUGGUGGAAGGUUGAUAUGACAUGAAGUGGGCUUCUGAACGCCUAAAGGGGGCCAUGCGCUUAAGGUAAAUGCGCAAGGCUCUUCUGACGUCCAACCUGUGCCAAGAUCUUUCCCUAUCCCUGGAGGGCUGCGGACAGAAGUCCGGCAGAACUAUCUCUAGAGCCCUGUGGAAGGGGGAAUUGACCUUGGGCAUGAACGCGGGGUCCAAUCUGAGGAUUACCCGGUUCUCUAGGAAUGUACAGAGGUCCGCUCUGCUGGAGAGAGCGUUGAUCUCAGAAACUCUCCUAGCCGAGGUGAUGGCGACCAGGAAGACGACCUUAAGGGUCAGAAAUUGAAGGGAAACAUCCCUCAAGGGUUCGAACGGUGCCUCCAUUAAGGCCUGGAGGACCUUAGGUAGGUCCCAGGAAGGGAAUCGAUGGACCGCUGGGGGUUUCAGAUUCGCCGCUCCCUUGAGGAAGCGCCUGAGGACCGGAUGUUGGGAUAAGGGUGGAGCGUCCACCCCCACCCCCCCAGAAUGGUGGAAAGGGCCAAGACCUGUCUCCUAAGAGUGCUGGGGGCAAGUCCCUUCUCUACACCUUCCUGCAGGAAGUCCAGGACCUAAUGUACUGAGGCUGAGGCAGGCUGAAUGUCCCUUGCUUUACACCAGUCAGCAAAGGUGAGCCAGGAGGCGUUGUAUAUGCGGGUGAUAGAUUGCCUCCUGGAUGCCUCGACGGUCCUAAUGACCUUGGAGGAAAAUUGGGCCUCUCUUAGCUGCUCCCACUCAAUCGCCAGGCGGUCAGAUGGAGCCACUCCAGAUCCGGAUGCUCCAGAGACCCCUGAUGGAGAAACACCUCCCCCGGGGGGAUCCUCCAAUGGGGAGCUGAGGACAGCCCCACCAGGUCUGCUAGCGAGGGGCGGUGUGGCCAGAAGGGAGCCAGUAGGAUCAUCUCUGCCCCCUCUGACACAAGCCUCUUCAGGACCCUGGGAAUGAGGGGAAGGAGGGGAAAUGCGUAAAGUAGACUUGGUGGCCAUCUGCAGCAGAGGGUGUCCGUGUUCAUGGCUCCUGUGGAGGGGAACCUCGCUAUGAAGUUUGGCAGCUGGGCAUUCGCUGGAGUUGCGAAGAGAUCCACCGUCGGUUGCCAUGUUGUCCAUCAGGACCAGGAUGUGGUGACCGGUGACUGUGGUCUUGAAGUGUCGUAGGGCCAGGUGGAUGGCUCAACUCCAACCAGUUGAUGCUGUUGUGCAGAUCUGUUGGAGUCCAGCGUCCCUGGGCCAUCUGAGCUUCCAGGUGUGCUCCCCAGCCGAACAGGCUCGCAUCCGUCGUGAGUAUCUUACUCGCUGGCUCCUUGAAGAGGGAUCCCUUGCUCAGUGCUUAGGUCAGCCACCAACGGAAUGAGAGCAGCACUUGGGGGGGACACUCGGAUCUUGAAUCUGGCGUCGCUCAUCCCCGCCUUCUGGUAUGGAAGCAGGAACCACUGCAGCUCCCUGGCGUGUAGGCGAGCCCAAGGCAC